AGUCGUUCAUAAACUCUCUUCACCAUCAGACGUUGGAAAAACGAAGCAGGACAGGGAGAAAAACUUUCAGCGUUUAGAGAAGAAAAAAUUAAUCAAAAAAAAGUAUUUAAAACAUUAAAAAAAUCAUUCGCGCCACAAAAAAGAUUAUUUCUGUAUCGGUCUCGCCUGAUGUUGUUUUUUUGCGAACUCUAAAAGGCAAUCAAAGAAUAUUAAACGAGAUUUGAUUUUUCGUGCAAUAUAUUAAAACUUGUUUGUGCAUUCCUUCCAACUUCUGGAAUAUAUAUUUAUUUUGUUAAUACGCGUAUAAUUCUUCAAAAUACUCACUACAAAAAGAGAGUGAAACUGCUUCCGAACAUAUAUUUACUGAGCGAAAGAAAUUUCGUGUACAGUAAGAAGUGAUUAAAAAGAAAAGAACAAAAAUAGAAAAGUGUUUCGUUAAGUGAUAUUAUAGCAGAAGGAAAUAACAUGUCUGGCAACUCCUCAGGAUGGCUGACUUGCAGACAGGUUUUAAAUAUUAUGGUGAUUUUUGGGUUCAUGUUGAACUACGCGCUUCGAGUCAAUCUAACGAUUGCUAUUGUGGAAAUGAUCGAUCCAGCUGCAUUAGGGGGACCAACAAAUAUUACCAAUGUGGUAGCUGACAAUAUAACAACAACUCCAUUACCAUCAACAGAAGCGACAACUGUAAAAUCAGUUUUGGGUGGUAACAGAUACUUUUGGACUGAAAGUCAAAAACAGUUGAUUCUUGGGAGUUUCUUCUGGGGUUAUAUAUUGACGGAAUUACCUGGAGGUCGUCUAGCUGAAUUGAUUGGUGGUCAUCGUGUAUUUGGUCACAGCAUGUUAUGGUCUAGUGUUGUUACAUUGAUCAUUCCAUUUGCUGCUAAUUUGGGAGUUACUGCAAUGGUCAUAUCGAGAGUUGUUUUAGGCUUUUUACUGGGAGCAUCUUGGCCAGCAAUUCAUCCUAUGACGGCUGUGUGGAUCCCUCCAAUGGAUCGUUCAAAAUUCAUUUCAAACAUGAUGGCUUCAGCUCUUGGUGCUGCUAUUACUAUGCCAAUUUGUGGUUAUUUAAUUUCAUGGUUUAAUUGGCCUAGCGUAUUUUAUGCAACUGGUUCUAUUGGUGUGUUGUGGUCGUUGUGCUGGUUCAUUUUUGUUUUUGAAACCCCAGCAAAACAUCCAAGAAUUUCCGAUGAAGAAAGAAGAGAAAUUGAAGAUGCUAUCGGAUCAUCUACCUCAAAGAAACGACCAUCAUAUGUGCCAUGGAAAUCAAUUCUUUCAGCACCAUGUGUAUGGGCAAUUAUUCUUGUGCAUGGUGCUAGUGUAUUCGGUUACUUCCUUGUAGUAAAUCAACUUCCUGGUUACAUGAAAACAAUUUUACAUUAUGAUAUUAAAUCAAACGGUCUUUUGUCUUCAUUACCAUAUUUUGGAAAGUAUUUCAUGUCAGUGACUGCAUCUCACUUUGCUGACCAUUUGAGAAAAACUGGAAAAGUUUCAACAACAGUUGCAAGAAAGGCAUUUACAACAUUUGCAGUCGCUCCACCUGGCUUAAUGUUUAUUUUGCUUGUUUUCUUUGGCUAUGAUAAAUAUUGGGCUGUUGCAAUUUUCACAAUCGCAUUAACAUUGAAUGGGGCUGUAACUGCUGGAUAUCUAGGCAAUGGAUUGGAUAUUGCUCCAAACUUCUCAGGAACGAUCUUUGGAAUGGCUAAUACUUUAUCAUCAUUUGGUGGUUUUGUAUCAGCAUGGAUGGUCGGAGAGUUAACAGAGAAUAAUAACACAUACGGUCAAUGGCAAAUAAUAUUUGGAAUCGUUGCUGCCACUUAUUUGAUUGGAAGUACAUCAUUCUUACUAAUGGGAAGAGGUGAAUUACAACCAUGGAAUAAUCCACCAGAAAGAAAUGGUUUCCCACUUCAAGAUAUACGACAGGAAGAAGGUGUACCAUUGAAGAGAAAUAAUGCAUCUUAACUGAGUUAAUUGUUAAAGCUUUAGAAAAAUUUGAUUCAUAUCGAUUUGGUACUUUUAUGUAGUUGAUUAGGACAGAAUUGUGUUAGCCAGCAGAUUGCCACUUUUUGGUGAAUAAGUUAUAAUUGAUAUUCAGCAAUUUACUGAUAGAAAAUGUUGAUCUGUUAGCGACUUUACGAAAAAAGAAAAGAGAUGACUUUUAAAAAUUAUUCUCAAUAUUUACAAAAAAAAAGAAAUGAAACUUUGUUGGUAGAUUAUUAAUAGAAAUGCGAACGCAUUAUCUAAACAAAUUAGAAAAAAAAGGUUUCUUGCACAACCGAACUGAUCAUGAAAAAAGGACAAUACUUUAUGAAUAGAAAAUAUUUAUAAAUAAUAUUUCUUGAUGAUUGAUGUUAUUGUAUGAUGAUCAAUUUUAAAGUGUCAAUAGAAUUUAAUUGAAAUCAAACCUCUUCUACUUCAUGAAAGCAAGAUUCGCAAAAUCUCAAGAAGCAAAACGCUGCUGUCAAUUCAAAUUUUUAUUAGAAUAAUUUAAUUGUAAAUACAUUGAAGAUAAAUAAAGUUUUAUUUUUGAAAUAUAAAAUGAGAACAAUAA